UGAGAGUAGUAUUUCCAGCAAGCUUUACAGAGAAAUAAUGGAAGACGGCAGGCAAAUCAUCAGAAGACCUCAUUGCUUGGUACUGCUUUAUCCAGCUCAAGGUCACAUAAACCCUAUGCUUCAGUUUUCAAAGCGUUUGGAUCAUAAGGGUGUGAGAGUCACGCUAGUCGCCACUCGCUUCCUCCGCAAAACCCUAAAAUUAGAUCAGCACUGCUUAACCUCCAUGGCUCUUGAGAGCAUCUCUGAUGGCUUUGACCAUGGAGGGUUUGAAGAAGCUGGCAGCGAUCAAGCCUACAUCGAUCGUUUCUGGGACGUAGGGCCAAAGUCUUUUGAACAACUUCUACAGAAGCUCACACUAAGUAGUUCAGUUGAUUGUGUUGUGUAUGAUUCUUUCUUGCCUUGGGCUCUUGAGGUUGCCAAGAAGUUUGAGGUUAUUGGAGCUGCUUUUUUCACCCAAUCUUGUUCAGUGAAUAGUAUAUAUUAUCAUGCUUGUCAAGGAAACUUGAAAAAGAUUCCUCAGACUGAUGAUCAUCAGUCUGAGAUUUCACUUCCUGCGUUGCCAACAUUUGCUAUGUCCGACUUGCCAUCUUUCUUGGAUGCUUCGGGACUUUACCCAGCUUUCUCAAAAAUGGUUGUGAAUCAGUUCUCUGAUAUUGAGAAAGCAGAUUGGGUUCUUUGUAAUUCCUUUUAUGAGCUUGAGCCACAGGUUGCUGAUUGGCAAUCAAAAAUCUUCCCUCUGAGGACUAUAGGACCAACCAUACCAUCAAUGUUCUUAGACAAGAGACUCAAAGAUGACAACGCCUACGGUCUUAGCUUUUACAAAGAAGAAAACGAUGUUUGUUUGAAUUGGUUAGGAGACAAGCCAGCUGGGUCUGUAGUUUAUGUCUCCUUUGGCAGCAUAGCAUCAUUAAACAAUGAUCAAAUGGAGGAACUAGCAUGGGGCUUGAAGGACAGUGAGAGCUACUUCUUGUGGAUAGUUAGAGAACCAGAGAAACCUAAGCUUCCCAAGAACUUUUUGGACAUUUCACAGAACAAACAGGGUUUGGUGAUCACAUGGUGUCCUCAACUGCAAGUGCUGGAUCAUGAAGCUGUGGGUUGCUUUGUGACACAUUGUGGAUGGAACUCAACAUUGGAAGCUGUGAGCUUAGGAGUUCCAAUGGUGGCAGUUCCUCAGUGGACAGACCAACCCACAAAUGCAAAGUACAUAAAAGAUGUGUGGAAGAUGGGAGUGAAAGCUGAGGCUGAUGAGAAAGGGAUUGUGAGAAGAGAAACAGUGAAGAAAUGCAUACAGGAAGUGAUGCAGAGUGAAAGAGGCAAAGAGAUGAAGAGGAAUGCCAUGAAAUGGAAAUCUCUUGCUGCUAAGGCUUGUGAUGAAGGUGGAAGCUCAAAUAAGAAUAUUGAUGACUUUGUGGCAAGUUUUGUUCCCUCUGCUAAGUGUACACUUGGUGGGGCCCAAAACCCUAUCAACACAUUUUCCAAUGAACAAAAUGCUACUGUUGCUUCUGGAAGCCUGUAGCGUUAAAAGGAAAGGAGAAUUACUUUUGAGUUCUCUCACAAUACAUUUAAAUAUUACAAAAUUAAUUGACAACUUAGUAUUAAUUUCGUUUCCUAAGUUUGUUAAUGGAUCUUGUGGUAUUUAAAUGUAUUGUAUGCGACUGAUGUAUGAUUCUCUCUAAAAAGAAAUGUGUUUGUAACACUCUACCUAUAGGGUUGUAGAAUAUAUAACAAAAAUGAUUGUGCAAGAGUAGUAGGUAUUUUAU